GCUCAUAAAAAAAAAAUUGUUAUAAAUGUUUGCAGAAUUUAGAAUAGUUUCAUAUUCAUCCAGUAGCUUAUACAGGAAUUAUUUUCACUGUGGGCCAGUUUACCACCAGCAUGGCUGCAUAUACAACUGGAGCGUUGUUUUAGGUGGCCGAGUGGUUUUAAUAAGGACAAAAAUAACACAAAUCCUGACUGCGCCACUGCAUUAAAAUAUAACUGUAAAGUGUAAGUCUGUAACGAGUGUAAAGACUAAAGACUGUACCUAUUGGCUAUUACCAUUGAUUCUAAAUACAAUUGUACUUAUAACCAACGCUAUUAGCUUGUUUCGUUUUAAUAUUAUUUGUUGUUAUCAGUCAGCGCUGCGGUUCAAAAAGGAACAUCCCUUCCGCGCACGCACAAUAGCGCAUACCUCAUUUAACCGCGUUAACGAUAAUAAAUUGUACCGUGUUAUACCGUUAAAUUAUCAAACUAUAAUAAUAUAUACAUACUCACGGCACAUGGCUUAUUCCGGUAUUUAAAUUUCACACUAUUCCACAGAUGUAUUUAAUACUCAAAUGUAUACAAUAAAAUUAUUCCCCAUUUCGUGCUUCUGGUUGCCCGAAACAGCGUUUUAAAUUAGCAUACCAGUCUUCGUAUUUUCAUUUAGACACCAUGUCCUUGCUGAACAAUAUCUGGAGUUGGGUGACCGGAAAAACCGAUGUAUCUGAAUUGCCGAAAAAUAUUUGUUUUGAAAGAGAUGUGUCACCAGAAAAUGAUUUUUGGAUAUCGUGUAUUUUGAACCCAUCAUUAGAGAUCAGAUAUGUGAACGGUAUAGUUACAAAAAUAUUGGACACUGACAAGUGUCUCAUUGACAAUAAAUACCAUUAUCAACCGAAAACCGAGAAAGAAAUUCGUAACUUCCCAUACAUAGAGCUCAACAGUCCAGUCAGGAUUUCACUCUACAGAGAAAAGAACUCUAACAAUACAGAAUGGAAGGUUGCAAGUUGUUUCCUAUCCAAAGACGGCCCUCGUCAUCAGGCCAAUAUAAUCAGAGCAAACGAGUCUGUCCGUGUUCUCCUCGAUGAUAACGGACCAACUUCCCAAGUUGAUGAUAUUGUUGAAGAUGAUGAUAACGAUAAUCAAAUGACUAUUGAAGUAUUAGGUGACAUGCCUAAAGUAAUUGGUUUUGAACAAGAAACUUUUAUACAGAUAUUAUUUAGAAAUAACAGCUAUGUUGAGGAGAAAACAUUAAAUGAUUAUCAAACCAUGCAAGGAAACAAAGUACAACUGUCAAUUGUUAAUAAAAAUAAGUUGCCUAUAAUAAUUGGAGUGCAAUCUGAAUAUAUUUUUGACAUUACUCUCAAAGGAAAGUAUUUAGGAAAAUCUACUGAAAAAGUUGAAUUUAUUUUUGAAGAUAUUACUUAUAAAGUAGGCAUAAACAUUGAUGUUACUGAUUCAAGAAUAAUUCUUCCGUGUAAUCCAACUGCUUAUUCUAGGAAAGAUAUUGAUAUGCAAAGGUUAUUUGAAUUACAAAAUGAUCCAAUAGUUCCUGGUAUUCGAAAAGGCAAUAAAGUACAGUUUCCAACAGUCCGUUUAGCACAAUGGAAUAUUCCAUCUCAGUUAACAAAAUGUUACUGGUUAGAAAAUGGAAAAUUCAAUCAAAACAUAAUAACUGAAGUUAAAGAGAAUAUUAAAAAAUUGUAUCCAGCUGCUUUUGAAAUUCUUACCUAUGAAAACUACAAAGCAAAAUAUCAUAUUCUUUUAUUCAUGGAAGAAGUAGAAAUAACAGCCGCUCUUCAAAAAUAUGCUCAAGAAAGAAUACAUUUUGAGAAUGCAGGUGAAUAUUUAGUUCUAAAAAUACCUAAUCUGUCUGAGCAACGGCCCUCAUUAAUUGCUGGUGAUCGUAUAGUAGUUACAGAUCCACCAAAUUGUACUAAAAGAUUGGGUGAAUGUGGACGGUAUGAAGGAAUAAUUCAUAAGGUUUUAGCAAAUGAAGUAUGGUUAAAGUUCGAUCCAGAAUUUCACAGUAUAUGUGGCCAUUGGGAUUACAGUGUCAAUUUUUUCAAUGCCAGAAUGAUGUAUCGAAAACAACAUGAAGUCAUCAAUGAAAUGUGGAAAAAGAACAGAUUAGGCGAAUCAUUCUUGUUUCCAUACAGGGAUUCCUUGGAAUACCAACCAUCAAAAUUGAAGAUCUUAAGCCAUGAUAAGAUAAAUACAGAUAACACCUAUGAGGAUAAUUUAAAAAAAGAUAGCAAUACCCUAUUACCACAACCAAAGAUUGUACAAAAAAUCAGAUGGUUUAAUAAUAUAUUGAAUUUAGAACAAAAAAGUGCUGUUAUUAAUAUUCUGAAAGGUGAAGGGAGACCAAUGCCUUACAUUAUAUAUGGACCUCCUGGCACUGGUAAAACAAUAACCAUGACAGAAAGCAUUAUUCAAGUUUAUAAAGAAUUCCCUAAAAGCAAAUUGUUGAUUUGUGCUCCAACCAAUUCUGCUGUUGACAUGUUACUGUCUAAACUUGUAAACUCUGGUUUAUUUAAUAACUCUAUUAUGAAGCGUUUAGUUGGCUAUAAUCAUUUUAUUAGUUUGUCUUAUAACAUGGAUUAUGAUGAAUAUUGUGUUUUACCUGAACUUGACAGUUCAUAUAACAAUGGUGAAAUAGAUUCUAGGUUAAUUAAAAAACAAGAUAUUCUCAAAUUACGAAUAGUUCUUGCCACCGAAGGCACAGCUGGAUUAUUGUAUAUGAUGGGCUUAAAAGGUGGAACUUUCACUCAUAUAUUUAUAGAUGAAGCUGGACAAUCAACAGAACCAGAAAUGUUAUUACCGCUUUCAUUUUUGGAUCCAUACCGAGAUGGACAAGUUGUAAUGGCUGGAGAUCCCAAACAGUUAGGACCUGUUGUUAUGUCAGUUUUAGCAAAAAUCUCGGGUCUGGGAUUGUCCAUGUUAUCUCGUUUUAUUAAUUAUCCAUCGUACUUGAGAGAUACUAAUAUUUUUCCAGAACACAAUGGUUUUAACCCAAAACUUAUUACACACUUAAUUCAGAAUUAUCGGGCAUUGCCAGAAAUCGUAUUGAAUUACAAUAAAUUAUUUUAUAAAUCAUUAUUAGUGCCAACUAUAUUGAAUGAUAACGCACCGGAAAGAAUAUUAUUAAAUAAUUUGAAUGAAAACGCUCAUUGGAAAAUAGAUUGUAAAGGACCAGUUAUUGUGCAUGGUGUAGUUGGUGAAGACAGCCAAGAUCCCAGUAGUCCUUCAUGGUUUAAUCCCCAUGAAGCUUUCCAAGUCUUAUUGUACUUUACUAGAUUGAUGAAGUCUGGAAUAUCUGCUGAUGACAUUGGAAUUAUCACUCCAUACGCUUCUCAAGUUUCCAAAAUUCAUGAGUUACUGAAAAUGUACCAUCCAGAUAUUAAAUUACCAAAAACGGGUACAGUAGAAAUGUUCCAGGGUCAAGAGAGAAUGAUUAUUAUCAUAUCAAUAGUUAGGAGCAAAUCCACAGUAGGAAGUGAAAAGGAUAAGAAAUUUAACCUUGGUUUUCUUACUGCUAAAGAACGCACCAAUGUCGCAUUGUCUAGGGCAAAAGCAUUGCUCAUAAUUAUUGGAAAUCCAUCAACAAUGCAAAUGAAUUACUAUUGGAAGUUUAUACUGUCACAAGCAAUCAAAAAUGAUAACUAUAUAGGGUGUAAUGUUACUGAAUAUUAGAAAUAAUCUGAAUACUUCAUCAAAAAUUAAACUCAAUUUAAAACUCCACAAUUUUUCACAAUUUAAAUUUUAU